UAAAUGCGGAACGUCUCUCUAACAUAUAUAUGUAUUCUUUUUUUUGCAGAGUGUAGACUUAGAAUGACUUAGACUUCGGACUAAGUAUAGACUAGUCAGAGUUCUUUCUGAAGGUCGCAAAGGCUCCACUGGUGCCGAUGUUUGGGCCUUUGCGUUGCUUCGCCCGGCAUGUUUGUUCUCGUUUGUUCCUUGUAGCGAUGCCCUUGUUCCUAGUAGUAAGGCCAGGAGCCCCUAGUAGCGAACAUUGUUACUACUAGUAAGGCACUUGUUACUAGAAGCGAUGCACUUGUUCCUAGUAGCGUCCUUUGCUCCUAGUAGUAAGGCAAUGCCUUUUUUGACCUUCCUUCGAGCAAAACACUAAGGGUCGAGCGCUUUCGCAUGUUGGGAAAGCGCUUGGGCGUGGCCAAAGCACAGGCCGAGGCCAGUCAGGCGCAAGCCAGCGAUGCGCAGCAACAAGAGGAUGCUUUGCGCCGGGAGACUGCCCAGCUUGCUAGGGCUGCUGCUGGGUUGAGUACAUUGAGCGCUGCAGACGCAGACGCCGAGCUUGCCAUCCAGGAAGGUGCAAAGGCCUUAUUUGAUCGUGAGUACCACUUCCGCCGCUUCUUAAAGGAGCAGAGGCGUUGGCUCUUCUACGAUGCCUAUGCUCGAGUUUGCAUGGCCUUAGGCAUCAACCAAAUGUUGCAAGCGCUGUCUUACUACAUCGUUGGGGCUAUAGGUGAUGAGUCUCCUUCUGGUGCAGCCCUAUCUCUACUGGGCGUCCAAGUGUUGUCGCUUUUGCUGCUUCGACUGGAUAUGGCAGAAGGGCUGCAGCAGUGGAGCGUUAUUUUCGCUGUGAUCGGAUUUAUGGCCUUUCCACCUCUUUACAUUGGUAUUUUAAUCCAUUUGGUCCCCUCACUCUCUGUUCGCACGGUGGAGUUUUUUGCAUUGCCAGCCUUUCUCCUUCACAGCAUGUGGAUGCUACUGAUCGCGGCAUACUUGGUGCCUGAUACAGUAGAUGAGGGCCUUCCCAAAACGCUUCGAACAGUGCUCUACUUGGAUGUGCUGCACUUGGAUCAGCAGGAGAUGGCUGAGGGUGUAGCGACACAGCAGAUGAAGGA